AUGGCUAUUCUAUCUCCAAUUCCGAACGAAGAGUUCUCUCACCUCGUGAGUAUCGGCGGUGGCAUUUUCAAGUCCCGGAUCAUUCAUGCGCCUUUGGCCGUCGCUUCCGAACUCUUGAAGGAGAUUGAAGAGAAUGGAAUAAUGACGGAGCCGAUAGGCUUCAGGAAGACGCUGGUUGAUGCAGUCGAAGAGGCCCUCCAUCAGACGGGCCGACGCAUCCAGCUUGGAGAGACCAACGCCGAUGUCAAGAUGCACAUGAAACUGAGCAUGGUCAUUUGCCGGGCGAAAAUGAAUUUCGUAAGAGGCGAGUCGCUGUGGCAAAGAUUGGCACAAACUGCCAAAGAAAGCCUGGAAAUGUCACUUUCUUGGCUUCAAUCACGCGCUUCGCAGAGGGAUGAAGAGACACUGGACGGUCAGGAAGUCGGCUUUCAACAGGAUUUCAACCUUGGCUCAGACGGGGAUUUUGAGGAUAUCUUUGGAACUAUGGACUUUGGCCUGGACGAAACAUUUGGCAUGGAUUUAACAUAG